AUGAGUGAAGAAGAUAGACCUUAUCUGUAUGAGCCUGAAAGAGAAAGAGGAUUUCCUAUUGCAGAUCCCGAAAAAGUAGAAGCAAGAAGUUAUGAUACAACAAAAAAGGCAGCACAUAUUGUUACUGAUGUCUCCUCCAAAGUCUCUUCUAAGUUUGGUCAAGUACACAUUUUGCAAAAUCCGCGUGAAUAUCUCAGACCAAUAUUUAGUGGAGUUUAUUACAUUUGGAAUCAUUUCCCACCUCUUAGUUGGUUCGGUUAUGGUGUCAUUGCUUUAAAUGCUAUUCCUUUAGGCAUCUUUUUGCUAUUUCUGUUUGGUACCACGGCCUUUGUUCUAAGCGUUACCGGUGUUGGAAUUUUCCUCGCUGAAGGUUUCUUUGUCGGUCUCGGUUUAGUUUUCCUUGUUCCUGUUAUUUGCGUGAUGGGCUUUGCGGCUUUUUCUACUGCUUUCUUUACCGUAUUUGGAUAUGCUUGUUAUCGCGGAUUGUUUUUUAUUCUUCGUAACCUUGGUAUCAUCGCCGAAGAAGUUGCUGUCGAUGCUAAAGCCGCUUUUAGAGGUGCAAAAAGAGCCGUGGAAGAAGAAAGAUACGAAAGAGAACCUG